AUGCCAAAAAAAAGAACUUAAAUAUAGUCUUAGGAUACAUCAUAAGAAAAAAUUAAGCAAAAUAUAGCCUCACAGUAAUUAGAGAAUCUUAAAACACCGCUUUAAGCGAAGACUGAAGAGGAGACGUAGUAAAAAAUUGAGAUUGAAACUAAUAAUGAAGAACUUGCCUAAAAAAUAGCUAAAAGAGAGAAGAGAUAAGAAGUUAAAACAAGAGCUGUUAUGGCAUUCUUUAUGAUAUCAACAUUAAUUACAAUCCUUUGUAUGGGCCAUAUCUAUACUUAAAUUAUGAUCUAUUGCUUGCUGGUUGUUAGUAUAUUCGAAAUUCUUUCUGUAACUGAUGAGCCAGAACUGAAUGAGAAAACAAAUUUCAAAUAUGUAGUCCUAAUAAAUCUAGUGUCUUCAUAGAUGAUUUUUUUACCCAACAUUGUACUAAAGAGAUCUUAGCUUGAUUACUUGUUUGAGAGAGAGACAAUCUACCAUAAAUUGAUUUUCGAAUAUCAUUACAUUACAGUGUUUGCAAUGUUUACAUUCUCAAUCAUCUAUUUUGUUUUCAAUUUGAUAAGAUAUGGCAAUUAUCAGUACUAAGUCAAGGGAUAUGGGAUAUCUAUUAUAAUGAGCAUACUAGGAACAUUCGUUGCUAGCUGUUACAUCUUUACACUUUAUUAAGGCUACUAUUGGUUUGUUUUUGGAGUAUUUGCAGUUGUAAUGAAUGAUGUUUGUGCACAUUAAGUAGGGAGGAGGUUUGGAAAAACAAAACUAAUCAAGUUAUCUCCAAAAAAGACUGUUGAAGGGUUUUUGGGAGGUGCGUUUGGGGCUUUGCUAAGUAAUUUUGUAUUUUCAGGAUAUCUUGGACAAUGGAAGUGGCUCGUUUGCUAAAAACCCAAUAUAAGUAUCAGUAUGUUUGAAGUAUUAGACUGCACAGCUGGAGAGAUAUUCUAAUCUAGUCCAUAGGCAUUUGACCUUGGACCAUUUGGCAUUUACAUAUUUAACAUAUCUCCUGUUAUGUAUCAUGCUCUAGCCAUAUCUCUUUAUGCUUCUUUCAUUGCACCUUUCGGAGGUUUUAUGGCAAGCGGAUUCAAACGUGCUUACAAAAAGAAAGACUUUUCUAAUACGAUCCCAGGACAUGGAGGUUUUAUUGAUCGUCUGGAUUGUAUUAUCUUUAUGGGUUGUUUCCUAUUCUUCUACUUAACAUAAAUUGUAUACAAAGAGCAGAGUGCCAUUGAUAAGGCCUACAAGAGUUUUAUGGAUAUGAAUCAAAUUCAUUAAUCGUUUGUCCUUCAACUACUAAAUCCUUAGCUAUUAGUUGCUUGA